CUCUUGUGCGCGGUCCCGGUGACGUCACGAGCGCCAUAUUGAACGAAGGCUUUCGCUCCUCGUUCCUGAAGCUGUUUCCGCCUCUGCCGUUGUGACUGUUACCGGCUACGGCAAACUGCUGAGCUGUUAUUCCUGUCAGAAAGAGAAGAGCUGGAGACCCCAAACCGGGGUUACGUGGGGUCUCCUGGUUCUGGAGGCGAAAGUGUGCCACAGAGGCUCGGGAGGCAGCCGGUGUGCGACAACCCCCUUCCGGCCAUGGACGUCGACCGGCUCCAAGAGGCUCUGAAAGAUUUUGAAAAAAAAGGGAAGAAGGAAGCAUGUCCGGAACUGGAUCAAUUUCUUAGCCAUGUAGCGAAAACCGGCGAGACCAUAGUCCAGUGGCCUCAGUUUAAAGAUUACUUCAUGUUCAAACUUGAAACGGUGAUGGACGACUUCAAAUCAGCUGCACCAGAGCCCAGAGGGCCACCCAAUCCUAACGUGGAGUACAUCCCCUUUGAUGAAAUGAAGGAAAGAAUACUUAAAAUUGUUACUGGUUUUAAUGGGAUACCGUUUACUAUUCAGCGACUUUGUGAGCUAGUUACUGACCCCCGGAGGAAUUACACUGGCACCGACAAGUUUCUGAGAGGAGUGGAAAAGAACGUCAUGGUUGUAAGCUGUGUCUACCCUUCUUCUGAGAAAAAUAAUUCAAGUAGCAUAAACCGAAUGAACGGUGUGAUGUUUCCUGGAAACUCCCAGAGUUACACUGACAGAUCGAAUGUUAAUGGUCCAGGAACCCCAAGACCACUGAGCAGAACAAAGCUUUCCGUCACAAGUCCCAUGACAACUAAUGGUUUGCCUGAUGGUGGCGAGAACAAAGACUCUGAAGUACAACAGAAAGACGAAGCUGACAGCGAUUCCCUGUCCCCAGAUGAAAGUUCUCCGUCCAGUACUGUAAAGAACAAGCAUAUGGAGGAAGAUGCGACAGAGAAGCAUGAGGUAAAGAGACUGAAAUUCGACACAGAAGAGGAAGAGGAGGAGGAGGAAGAAGAGCAAACUGCCACCUUGGACCCUUCUUCCAGCCAGUCAUCCAGUGAAAUGCCUGACGAAGCAGAAGCUGUAUGCACAAGUGAAGAGGCAGAGCAAGACGGUUGUGAUACAGAUCUUACUGCGGAAGAAUCUUUAGUGACCUCAAGCGAAUCUGCGGCCGAAGAGGCCGACAAGGAAACCGCUGACGACGUGUGUGUAACUGAAGAGACCCCCGAGGAAUCCCAUCACAUGGAGCAGUCUGAGGCGUCCGAACCUCAGGUCAGCGAGAGCACAGACGAAGCCGAAAGCACGACCUCGACAAGUGAAGCCGACUCGGAGUGCGCUGAAGCUGAGCACCCAGAAACUUUUGAAAAGACCCCUGAAAUCCCUUCUGAGUCUCCCAUGGAUAACAGCGAGGAGGCCACAGAUGUAGCAGACGAACCUAUGGAACAAGACUAACUCCACUGACACCUAGAGACGCAGUAUUUUCCAGACAGUUCUGUUUUUACACUGUAUACAAAUUUUACUUAAUAAAACCGGACCUUUUAGUUUUACAAAAGGCAGAUUGUGAAAAAAAAAAACACACAAAAAAACCCUUUUUUUUUUUUCUGGAAUAGAUACUGAGCUUUAUUCACCCCAUGUCAGAACUGUGAAUCUCUCAACCCUUCAGGUUCUGUUCACCGCUGACUUGUUCAUUUGGUCAAAUCAGUGGUUUGUGUAUAGAUUAAAAUGUGUUUUUUUUUUUUUUUUUUUUUUAUUCAGAAAGGUUUUUAAACUGGAAGGUGUUUUUUUUUUUUUUUUGAGGAUUUUCCACUUUUUUUUGUUAGAAAUGGAAAAAAGUAAGCUCUAGGGCGUCUUGUCCCUGCUUGUCAUUGAAGUUCAUUUCAGCUAAACUUUAGACGGUGUUUUUUUUUUUUGUUCCUUAUAUAUUUCAUAGGAACCUUGUUUCCUCUCCACACUAAUUCCUAUGGCAGUGAAUGUGUUAGUCUUCGCUUUCCUCAAAACCUUUGCCUUCUUAACCAAAAUGAAAUUGCACCUGACUUCUGUUUGUAGAAAAGGGGGCAUGAAGGGCAUCAAGUGCGCCCAUGUUGGAAGCUGGUAUCAUCCAGACGCAGUGUUGGUUCACUAUUCAGUCUCGUUUUACCAUUUUGGGAAUGUUUUUCCUCUACACUUUUUUUUUUUCUUUUUGUAUGCACUGAUGUCCUGUGCUGCUUCAUGCACUUCACAGAGCCGUGUGGCGGCAGACCGGGUCCUCGCGGUUCUAUUUAGCACCGUAUAACGGUGACAAUCUCCUGCAGAAUCACUACUGUAAUAAGCCUUCCAAUGGCGCAUUCCACAGUUAAUAUCGGAGGCAUGUGGAGAUAACUGAGGGCCUCAUCCAUGUCAUUGGGUGCCAUAUUCUGGUUCUGAGCAAGUUGUCUGUAUGGACCGGUGGUACAUAAGACCUUAUUAAACCCCCCGAAAUACUGUGAUUCACCAUAUUCUCGGUCAGGGUAUUGUGAAGAUGUAGCCCUCUCCCUGGUGUAAUCAACAAAUCCUUCUCUGUACCUGCUGUGAGGUUUCCUGUAGCCAACAGCGUUCCAACAGAAUUUUGAAUGCAGCUUUGGGUGUGAAUGGAGUAGAACACCUGAUGUAACUGUGCAUGCAGAAUGUAAGGUGACGAUUAAAUCUGAACCUGCAGAUUCUAUUAGAUAUCACUUGAUAGUGCAGAUCUCUACUUCGGAAGGUUUUUGUUUUAACAUUCCAAGAAACUGAAGGCCUUUAUAUUCUUCUGUCUUUUUAUUUUUUUUAUUUUAUUUAUGAUGACGUGCGCUCUUUCGCUCCUGCUCUGGGAGCAGUCACAGACCAGUCUCUGUCAUGUAGAUACCGGCAAACCUGAUUUAAUAAAACACUCAAAGGGUACUGUCCUCGACUCCAGCCGUCUGUAUAUGAAUGCCGUGAGAGCGCUGAUCCUUCUCCGUAUGUACCCGGCCUGAAUGGCUGACCUUCCGGAGACCGUCGGGAUCACCAUGAUGUGUAAAACUUUCCUUUUCCAAGUAAACUUUUUUUUUUUUUUUUUUUUUUUUUUUUUGUGUUCUCCUCCUCCAAACUUUGCCUUUCUUGACAGCCAGCGAUGAAGACCAUCUUUCCACCUGCUUCAAAGCAAAGCACAACCCCCCCGCCCUCCGCUCUUUUAACAUCACGCCAUCGGUAACGGAGCGCCCGAUUCCUGGCUGCAGAGUUUCUACCUGUUUUUUUUUUUUUUUCUCUUCAAACGUAAUGGCUUUUUUGAUAUUUAGAAUUUUUAAAUUUCGGUAAAAGUAGAUUUUGUAGGACGUAACGAGUGUUCACUGCCUUUGUGGAAACGUUAUCUAAUUGUAUAAUUUCUGUGUGUAAAACUGAAUGCUUUGGGCUUUCAAUACAGUAUUCAUAUGAAGCAAUAAAUAUUUAUG